CCUGACGUGAUGCUGCAUGGUCACAUUGUCGGCCGAGAUGGAUAAAAUGGUAGGACGAGGAGCGGGGCGACGGUGCGAUUGUCUGGGCAUUUCGACGAGAUUCCAUGCGCUGGGACCAAUGGGGCUCAAUAUGAGAACAGGAUAUCCCAAAGUGGAAUUUAGCGCGCACCUUCUCUAUCAUCCCUGGAACUCCAAACCGCCGUGUGCGUCAAGGUUCGACAGCCGCAGACUCAUGCCGUGCAACAAACCCCGAGGCGGAACACGCUCCAAAAAGAGAGUAGAACAUGCUGGCAUGGUUAUCAGAAGUCUGUUGUUUCGACCCCGUCUCGUUAUCCGCAACACAAAAACCGACCCUGAAAGAAUUUCAGCGGACGGCAUCGCUUGGGUGGAACUGAGCGCUAAUCCACUGAUUUACCUUGCUGGCGUGGCCGACCAAAUCUCGCACGAUUCCGUGCGUUCUGGACCUCUCCCAAUACUGGAAGACAAAUCUGCGCGCACCCAAAAAUCUUGGCUGGCUGGUGAUAUUGGCGACUUUGCGCUGCGGCUGGGAAAUGCUCGAUUCCUCCUCGUCUCGCCAGCCCGUUUGAUGAGCAUCUCUGAUCACUGCAAGUCAUCGGCCGGUUUCGGAGCCUAAAUAUGGUCACGUGGGCGAUGAGAAGCCACAAUGCACCGCCGUGUGAUCUUUUUUUCGACCAUUUGCGCAUCACCGACUAUCUGCGACAAGUCUCGACAACUCUUCAAGCGCUUGAUCGCCAUUCUCGAAGAUCUCGCAAAAAGCACUAGACAAUCCAAGAGUCGCCACAAAACCGCCAGUUGAAUCAAGCUCAGAAUCGACCUUUCAUCUUCGGCAUCGUUCAGCUCCUGUCGAAAUUUUUGAGAAAUACGAACCUGAUUG